AUGCUGGCCUUCUCCCAGGUCGACCUGACAUGUCGGACGGAUUUAGGCCCACCUGGAGGUUAUCUCAACCACACCACGGGCAUGUCAGGUAACUCCACAGCUCCAAACCCAACUAAUAUCACCACUGCAGUGCCUGCACCAACGAACGCUCUCAAUGGAUCUACUACAGAUUGUGGCAUGUGGUAUACCGUUGUGGAAGGGGACACCUGCAGCCUUGUAUCCGUCGCCAACUCAAUUUCUCUAACAGACUUCUACUUCUUGAACCCUGAGAUCGAUGCUAACUGCACAAACCUCGAGCUUGGCGAGGCCUACUGCAUUGCCGCCGUUGGAGACAUCAGCACCUACUCUGGCUAUCCUGUAACAACCCCCUUGUUUACUGUGACAACGGCCAGCUUCCCCGCUGUCGAUACGUCGAUUCCCACUACCACCAGCGAUCCGGGAUUUGUCUACACGCCAACGUACCUCCCGACCGCACCGGACACCCUCACGGACUGCGAAUCAUAUGUAGACUAUGAUAAUAGCACGGAUAACCUCAAUUCCUGCAGGUUUAUCGCAUACGCAUACGAUGUCACAACCGACAACUUCCUAGCAUGGAACCCUAGUCUCGACUCUAACAUGACCACAUGUACCUUGCAGUCGGGUUACAGCUACUGUGCCGUCGUAGAUAAUAGUUACCUAAUCAGCAACAGCAGUGACAGUGACAGUGGUUCAUUCUGUUUGCCAAUUAACGCCACCGAGUCCACCACAGUGUCGAACUGCAAUUGCUUCACACAGGUCUAUGGCUACAUGAAUGGCGACUAUCAAUGCGCAGAUAUCGAGUCAGACGCCAGCGUCACAGAAGCCGAACUGGUGGCGUGGAACCCCUGGCUCGCUGGCGAUUGCGACACGGCUUUUUAUGCAAACCUCAACGAUAGCGAUAGCCGCGCAGUCUGCAUUGGAGUGGGCUCUGCAACAUCUACUACUACUGCCUCUGCAACCACGACGACAUCAGCAGCCCCAACUCAAACCGGGGUUAUUGCUGGAUGCCAGGAGUUCUUCACCGUUGAGUCUGGAGACGACUGCUCGACCAUGGAGGCCGAAUUCGGAGUCACCCUUGCAGAGCUCUAUGAGUGGAACCCAAGCAUUGGCAGCACCUGUACAAACCUCUGGCUUGGAUAUGCAUACUGUGUCAAGGGACCGGCGACAACGACAACAACGACGAGCGUCGGCCCAACACAGACCGGAAUCGCCGCAAACUGCGACGAGUACCACACUGUUGUCAGAGGGGACUCGUGUGCAGCCAUCGAGAACGAGUAUGGCAUUACCUUUGCGCAGCUUUAUGAGUGGAAUCCGGCUAUUGGGUCGGACUGCGAGACCCUCAGCAUUGGAUAUGCUGUUUGUGUUGGUGUUUCUUCAUGA